UUUGCAGAGGUUUUUGCACAGCUUUCCGUUCAUACCGUACGAUCGGAAAGAGGAAAAGGACAGGAUUCGUUCAUGCUCGAGUGCAUCGUCAUCCUACACGAGAUCGAAGCUCCAAAAACCUCCCAAGUUUCCCAAUCCGACGCUUUCCCAAAGCACCCGGCGGCGCAGUUCCCCAAUGGCAUCGGACGGCGACCUCGUCCUCAUGGAAUCCCGACCCGCCGCCGCCACACCGCCCCCAAUCGCAGCGGCACCGCCACCCGCCCCCGCCGCCGCCGUCCCCGCGGUACGCUCUCCCCUAUCCCGCUACGCGCGUCUCGCGUUCCUCGCGCUCGCCGCGCUGACCUCCGCGGCGUGGUUCGUCGAGCCAUUCGCGGCGGCCGCCGACGGGCUCCGCCUCCCCUGGCCGGCCGUCGUGGCCACCGUCCUGCUCUUGACCGCGCUUUUCUACGCUUCGGUCAGCCUCCUCUGGUCCUUCUUCUUGCCCCGCUCGCCACCCGCCGCCACCGCGGUGGUGCAGUGGGAGAGGGCCGGGGCGAUCGCCGUCGCCGUCAUAGUCGCCGCCUUGGGGAUUGCGGUCGCGGCCGCGGCCUGCAUUGUUGCCGCCGGUAGAUCGGCUUAUGCGUACGAACCGGCUCGCAGCUGAUAUACACGGUGGUGGUUUCAUUCGACUGCGAUUUAUAGAUUUUAUAUAAUAAUUUUGUUGUGAUUCACAUUGUGGUUUCUCCACUGAUACAUUUGGGUAGAGUCUACAGGUAUAUAGAGUGUAUGUGCAACAUAUAUUAUACAGUUCUGUGAGAGAUAGGUAUUAGGUAGCGUUUGAUGGUGGAAUCAGUGAGGAAGAGUAUUAUUGGUCUUCGUGACAAUGUAAUGUUGUCUUUUUUCACAAUAAUCAUUUAGCAAAAUGAAUCUCUGAAGAAGUGCAGAUUGAGGGGGUGUUUGGUUAUUUAGAACCUCCUAAAAUUUUUGUCACAUCGAAUGUUUAGAUACUAAUUAGAAGUAUUAAACAUAGAUUAAUUAUAACACCAAUUGCACAGA